AUGGCGUCAGGUCCUAUAUCUGCGAACAGAGAAGAUUCUUUAUUCUCAAAUCUCGAUGACGCUAUCCCGUGCCGAGUUCCUCCCUUCGAACACCUUACCAGCAACGAGACAUAUUCUACUUCCACGCAUAUCCAGCUGGCCGACGCUGAUCGCCUUCGCGAAUUGUUUGCCAAAGAUCCAGAAGCGGUACGAACUACUAUAUGUUUGGCUUGGGCACUUCUUCUCCAUAAAUACGUAGGCCAAGAUGAUGUAUUAUUUGCCUAUCGAAAUGUUACAUCUGCAGAGAACACCAUUGAUGUCCCUGUUAUAAGGAUUUUGUUUGAGAAAGCAAUUCUUCUCGCAGACCUGAUCGGCAAAGCUCGGCAACUUGGCCACUUGGGCUCUCAAUCCGUCUCGAGCGUCUCUUUGAUGGACCUAUGCAACACAGCAGUGAUUUUUGACAAUUCUGUAGACUCAAUCUUGAAGAAAGAAAUGUCUAAUCCAUUAUUACUCAGUCAGGAAUUGGAACAAGUCGGUCAUAUUGCUCCAUUUUGCUACCAAAUGCUUGCUGACGAACAAUUUGCACAGUUUUCACUCUGCCUUGAAGUAAGAAUCACUAGUGAUGAACACAAAGUUGUUCUCCAUCACGAUUCCAACAAAACAUCUACAGAGCAAGCUCUCAAUAUCGCAAGCACUGUGGACAGGCUGCUGAGUGAAAUCCUGACCCGCCCUAAUGCCUCCGUCGCAGACUUGAACUGUGUAAGCGACCGCAACAUUAAAGACAUUACUACUUGGAAUACUAGGCCACUGGAGGUCGUGGAAAGAUGUAUACAUGAAGUCAUUCACGACCAAACUUUGUGCAAACCCAAUGCAGAAGCAGUGUGCGACGAACAAAGAACCCUUUCCUACCGCGACCUAGACCAGAUGUCAUCCCGACUGGCUGAUUAUCUAUUGAAAUUUGGACUGGGUCCCGGGGUGUUGGUACCUUUGUGCUUCGAGAAGGAAGUUUGGAACGUCGUAUGCAUGAUCGCGGUGCUCAAGGCAGGAGCCGCAUUCGUCCCUUUUAACCCUGGCGCACCGAUCGCCCAUCUCCGAGCCCUGUCAUUGGACGUUGCCGCAACGGUUAUUCUGUGCUCCCAACAGCAUGCUGGGAUGUUGUUACCCGUCGCGGAACACAUAAUCCCCGUGGACGGUGAGAUGAUUGGCCAUUUGCCGGAAUCAAAUGGCGCCAAUCGUUUAGCACAAAGUUCUGAUCUCGCCUACGUAAUUUUCACAUCUGGGACUACUGGUCAGCCGAAAGGAACCAUGAUUGAGCACAGGUCUUUCUGCUCCGGUGCAAAAGCCCAUGCUCCUGCGAUGCUCAUUAAUUCAAGGUCACGUGCCUUACAAUUCGCGGCACACACUUUUGAUGCGAGUCUAGUUGAAAUUCUGACUACGCUUAUGGUGGGUGGCGUGGUUUGUAUUCCGAGUGAAGACCAGCGACUUAACAAUAUCACUCUUGCUAUAAACCAGAUGGGUGUCAAUUGGGCAGUCUUGACUCCAUCCUUUGUUGGAUUCAUCAACCCAGUGGACGUUCCCGGCUUGAAGACAUUAACACUUGCUGGUGAAGCCAUGAGUCAAACCCAUAUCUCAACGUGGUCUCAUAUCAGCCUUAUCAAUGGCUAUGGCCCCAGCGAAUGUUCGGUGGCUGCUGCAGUUAACUCGCACGUCACACCUACCACAUCUCCAACUCAUAUUGGAAGUGCAACUGGGGCUUAUCUGUGGGUAGUUGAGCAAUUUGACUAUAAUUGUCUUGUGCCGGUGGGUUGCGUUGGAGAACUUCUGGUGCAAGGUCCAACCCUGGCGAGAGGCUAUUACGGGCAGCCAGACAAGACUACGGAGUCCUUCAUUCCAACUACAACCUGGGCCCCACUUUUUGAUGCCAACAAGCAGAAUUGGAGGUUUUACCGAACCGGAGAUUUGGUAAGACAGUCUUCUGAUGGGACUCUAAUGUUCGUGGGACGAAAAGAUACACAGGUCAAAAUCCAUGGGCAACGUGUUGAGCUUGGGGAGGUUGAGCAUCACAUCAAUGUUGACCCAGAUGUUAAACAUGCUUUGGCUCUUCUUCCGAAGUCUGGUUACCUCAAGGAUCGGCUUGUCGCUGUUCUGUCUCUCAAGAGUUCCAAUGAACUCAAUGACAAUCCCAACUUCACACUCGUCGACGGCAACUGGCCCGAAAUUAUGAGACAGCGCUUACUGUCUCGGCUGCCAUCGCAUAUGGUGCCAUCAAUGUGGUUAAUCAUAGAAAAGGUUCCUACACUUCCUUCAGGGAAACUCGACCGCAGGAUAACAGCAACCUGGGUGGAGAGCAUGGAUGAAAGUUCAUACCGUCGCAUCGUUGAUAUUUCACAACUGAGCGAAAAUACCCUAGGAGGGUCUGGAGGACCUACAACGGAGAUGGAAAACAAGCUGCGCCAGAUCUGGAGCCAUGUCCUUAACAUCGAAUUGGAUCAUCUUGGACUUGAAUCUGCAUUCCUUUCUCUCGGUGGAGAUUCCAUCAGCGCUAUGCAGGUCAAGGGACAAUGUGUCAAGGAAGACAUCAGUCUUGGCGUCCAGGAAAUCCUCCGCAGCAAGGGUAUCAAGCAACUUGCUCAAUGUGCGAAAGCUGUAGAGCAUCAAAUGCACCACGAAGAGUUACUAAACCAGAACUUUGAUCUCUCUCCUAUCCAAAAUCUGUUCUUUGAGCUCCCGAACCAAGGGCAAGGCCACUUUAACCAAAGUUUCUUUCUCCGCGUUACUCGGAAGAUUCAAAAGGAAGACCUUCGUGCAGCAGUGGAGACAAUCGUUAAGCGGCAUUCAAUGCUCCGAGCACGAUUCGAGAAUACAAAUAAGGGAUGGCAGCAGUGGAUCACUCCAGAUACUUCCACCUCAUACCGGCUCAAAGCCCAUCAAAUUGGCGAUCGCACGGAAGCUACUACUGCCAUAUCUGAUAGCCAAACUUGCCUUAAUCCUACCUCCGGCCCGCUGUUUGCUGUCGAUCUUUUUGACGUCGAUGGGAGCGAACAGCUCUUAUUCAUGGUAGGGCAUCAUUUGGUGAUCGAUUUGGUCAGCUGGCGCAUAAUCCUGGAAGAUCUGGAGGAGCUUCUGAUAAAUCGAAGUAGUUCACCGACGCAAAAGCCAUUGUCAUUUCAAACCUGGUGUCGAUUUCAGGCCGAAGAUUGCCAGAAGCUUGCUGUCGACAAGGUUUUACCUACCCGCGAUGUGCCAUCGGGUGAUACUGAAUACUGGGGAAUUACCAAUCACGCAAAUACCUACGGCCAAGUCAAGUGCGAGGGGUUUGAAGUUGACGCGACUACCACUUCGAGGCUUUCCACCCUUUGCCACGAGACGCUCCGAACAGAAACUAUCGAUCUUCUGCUGUCUUCAUUGAUACAUUCUUUCUCUCUUGUAUUCACGGAUCGCCCCGCGCCAGCUAUAUAUAAUGAGGGGCACGGUAGGGAAAGGAUCUCUGGCAUUGCAGCAGAUCCAUCCAGAACUGUAGGGUGGUUUACGAUCAUGUAUCCUGUUUGCGUACCGUCAACCGUGUCCAAGGAUCUGGUCAAUACUGUAAAAGAAGUAAAAGACUUUCGACGAAGAAUUCCAGAUAACGGAAGGCCAUACUUUGCGAGUCGGUGCUUGACCGACAAAGGCAAAACCAAAUUCGGCAAAUCAUCCACGCUAGAAGUCACAUUCAACUAUCUGGGCCAAUACCAGCAGCUUGAACGGAAAGGCGCUCUUCUGACACCUGUCGAAGACAUGGCUGGUGAGGCAAAAGGUGCUGGUGGCACAGCAGAUGUUGGGCACGAUACCCCACGGUUCGGCCUCUUCGAAAUAUCUGCAGUGAUUGUGCAAGGCAAACUUAGGUUUUCAUUUACGUUCAACCGCGACAUGAUGCAUCAAGACAAAAUAUCGAAUUGGAUAACAGCUUGUCAAAGUACGAUAAAUCUCCUCACUGAGACAUUGGCGAAGAUGGAGCCUCAAGCAACGCCGGGAGAUUUCCCUCUUCUGUCCCUUACAACUGAGAGUUUUAACUCGAUGAUCAAUUCCAGCCUUCCGUCUCUUGGGAUCUCUAGUAUUGAUGAUGUGGAAGACAUCUAUCCAUGUUCAUCCAUGCAAGAAGGUCUUCUUAUCAGUCAGACCAAGAGCUCUGCAUUUUAUGCUGUCCGUGUCAUCUGCGAACUAAAAGUUCAGAAUGGUAUUCAAGCCAAUGGCAAGCGUUUGCAACUGGCGUGGCUGGAGGUAGUGCGCCGCCACCCUCUACUACGAACUGUCUUCAUCGAUAGUGUGAGCAAGGAUGAUGGACUUUAUGACCAAGUGGUUCUCAAACAGGUCCUCUCAAAAGUCAUAAUAGAACACUACACUCAUGAAGACGAGGCUCUAAGUGUGCUAGCCGAAACAAAGUCCUUGGAACAUGACAACUCCAGUCCGCCUCACCGUUUCACGAUUUGCGACACUUCAGAGGGGAAAAUAUUCUGCAAGCUGGAAAUUAGCCACGCAAUAAUGGACGGGACUUCAAUGUCCAUUAUCUUGAGAGAUCUUGCUGCCGCUUACGAGAACAUCCUCCCACAGAGACCCGGGCCGCUCUAUAGCGAUUACAUUUCCUAUCUGCAGAACCAGCCGAGCGACGUAAGCAUCGAGUACUGGAAAUCGUAUCUGUCUGGCCUGGACGUUUGCACUUUUCCGCAGCUUAACGACGGAAAAGUUUCCGAGAAAAGUCUAAAAACAAUACGAUUGGACUUCAAACCAUCCCAAUUCUUGGAACUGCAGAAGUUCUGCGAUGGCAAUGGAGUCACCUUCUCAAACAUUCUUCAUACGGCCUGGGGACUCACUUUGCAGAGCUUUACCUCUUCCGAAGACACCUGCUUUGGAUAUUUGACUUCUGGGAGAGACGCUCCCGUUGACGGCAUUGAGGAUGCUGUAGGACCUUUCAUCAAUUUGCUUGUCUGUCGUGUCAGAACUGCACCUGCAAGCCGCCUUGGUGCAGUGCUUGACCAAGUCCAAAAGGACUACAUUGAUAGCUUGCCAUAUCGUUCAACCUCACUAGCAGAGGUGCAGCAUGCAUUACGACUAUCCGGGACUGCUCUUUUCAACACCGCCCUUUCUUAUCGACGACUGCCAUCUGAAUCGAAUACGGGUUCGACCAAUGUUUCCUUCUUGGAAUGCUUGCCCACGUACGACCCAACGGAAUACAGCAUUUCCCUAAAUAUUGAGGCUUCAGAUGAAAAUGCGGCUAUAGAUCUCGAUUACUGGACCGAUUACAUAUCCAAUGGACAAGCUGUGAAUGUCGGCAGCACAUUUAUGCAAUGUCUUCAAAACAUCGUCCACCAUUCAAACGAGACGAUUGAAAGGCUAGAUCACUUCAGCAAAGAAAAUCGAGAACAAGUUCAUAGAUGGAAUGCCACGAUGCCCCAGACUAUUGAUGAUUGCGUCCAUACAAUCAUUGAACAGCAGGCUGAGAUGCGGCCUGUUGCUCCCGCUGUCUGCGGGUUCGAUUUGGAACUGAAUUACGGUGAACUGAAUGAUAUAAGUGGACGCCUCGCCUUUCUUCUUUCCGGUAUGGGCAUUGGACCAGAGACGUUUGUUCCUACUUGCUUUGAUAAAUCUUCGUAUGCAAUUGUUUCGAUGCUUUCUGUUUUGAAAGCUGGGGCCGCGGCUGUCCCUCUCGAUGCAACUCACCCAAGGAGUGCCCUUGAACUUCGAGUAAGAGAUACUGAUGCGAAAGUUGUUUUGGCAUCCCCGUCUCGAGCAGAGUUGUUUUCCGAUAUGGAUGUACAUGUCAUACCAGUGUGUAAAGAGCUGUUGGAUAAACUUCCAAGUCCUGGUGACUGGAAAUGCUCUACUGUUGGACCGAAUAACGCAGCUUUCGUCAUUUUUACUUCAGGUAGUACCGGCACUCCCAAAGGUGUUGUCCUAGAAAAUAAGGCAAUCUGCAGCAGUGGGCUAGCAACUGGGAGUGCAUACGGCUGGGGCCCUGGAUCAAGAGUUCUGCAGUUCGCUUCUUAUACUUUUGAUAAUUCACUUGCCGAGAUAUUCAUUGCCUUAAUGCGCGGAGGAUGUGUAUGUGUCCCAUCCGAGCAUGAUCGCUUCAAUAAUCUAGCAGAAGCCGUCAACAAACUUGGGGUCAAUUUCAUGGAUAUCACGCCCACGGUGGCUAGUCUGCUCCACCCCUCUGAUGUCCCUAACGUCAAAGGCUUGAGUUUGGGAGGGGAACCACUCACUAAGGACAAUAUUGAGGUCUGGGGCAAUGAAGUUGCGCUUCAUUGCUGUUAUGGCCCUUCAGAGUGCUCGAUAAACUCGACGUGGAAUGGCGAUCUUAGAAAAUCAACUGAAGCUACCAACAUCGGCAAGUCAAUUGGUAGUGUUUCAUGGAUUGUGGAUCCAUCAAAUCACGAUCGUCUUGUGCCAAUAGGCUGUGUUGGAGAACUGCUUAUCGAGGGCCCAAUUUUAGCUCGUGGGUACCUCAACGAUCCCGACAAAACAUCAAAAGCCUUCAUCCGUAAUCCGAUGUGGGCCUCUGGCCGUAACGACCGAUUCUAUAAGACGGGUGACCUAUGCAGAUACAAUUCGGAUGGAACCAUCACGUAUUUGGGACGAAAAGACACCCAAGUCAAGUUGAACGGGCAACGUCUCGAACUUGGCGAAAUCGAGCACCAUGUGAAGCGCAAUCUCAAUAUUGAUGUGAAAUCUGCUGUGGAACUCAUUCCAGUCUCAGCAGUAGCCAAGGCACUUGCAGUAUUUAUAUGCCUACCCUCGGGAGAGGAUGCUAGCCCCGACGAAUUCCUCCUGGCUAUGUCUGAUGAAGUGAGGUCGAUAUCAACGGCAUUAGAAGCCGCCAUCUCAGCUGCACUUCCGGCUUAUAUGGUCCCAAGUGUAUACAUUCCAGUCUCUUCCAUUCCCAUGACGUCUUCUGGAAAACUUGAUCGUCGUAAACUACGCACAGUUUGCCAGUCACUAUCUGGAGAUCAAAUUACAGGAUACAAGCUCGCACGGAGAACUGGAAGACAGCCAUCAACGGAAAUGGAAAAGCUUCUUGCUCAAUUAUGGCAAUCAGUAUUAAAUCUCGACUAUUCUGUCGGCGCCGAUGACAACUUCUUCAAAUGCACCGGGGAUUCUAUAACGGCUAUGAGACUUAUCGCAGCUGCUCGCGCUGAAGGAGUGUGUUUGGGUGUAGCCGACAUAUUCCGGAAGCCAAGACUCUCAGAUCUAGCAACCGAUGCGACUCUUCUCUCUAGCUUUGAUAACAUUACUUCGCAGUCGGCCAUUGAGCCAUUUAGUCUCUUACAGAUUAACAAAUCUAUUCCGGACUUGCUUGCUGAGUUAGCUUCUCAAUGCCAUAUGGAAAUUGAAUCCAUUUACGACGUCUAUCCGUGCACCAGCCUCCAGCAAGGUCUCAUUGCGUUAUCCAGCAAGGAUCCGGGUGCUUACGUUGCACAAAAUAUCUAUCGCUUGCCACCUGGUAUCGAUCUGGACCGGUUCCGUUCGGCCUGGGAAAAGGUUGUCGAGGCGGAAAUCAUCUUACGAACAAGGAUUGUUUAUACUGAAUCCCUUGGCUUCCUCCAAGUAAUCACUAGAGAGCCAAUUACGUGGCAUGAAAUUGCCAAUCUCUCGGAUUUUGUGGAACAAGAUCGCCAAUUACCUUCAUAUAAUGGAGGCCCGCUUUCUAGAUACACGAUAGUUGAAAGUCCUGCGAGCACUCAUUUUGUCUGGACAGCCCACCAUGCAAUUUACGAUGGCUGGUGUAUUUCUCUAUUGCUCGAAAGGGUUGAGGCUUGCUACCAUGAUAUCAGAGCCGUCGAUAUGGCGAUAGGAGCAGGAUACCCCCGAUUUAUCAAAUUCCUCUCGGAAAUCAAUGCAUCCGAGUCAGACGACUUUUGGCGGUCCCAGCUGUCAGAACCAACAUCCAUACACUUUCCUACUCUUCCGAACCCUACUUAUCAUAUACAUGCGACUAGCACUUCAUCGCACUCUGCUUCUCUCAUUCGGGAAACUGGAAGCCACAUUACAUUGCCAUCCGUAAUCCGAGCUUCUUGGGCACUAGUAGUGGCAAUCUACUCAGGCAGCUCUGAUGAUGUCGUGUUUGGAGAGACUUUGACCGGCCGAGACGCUCCUGUUCCCGAUCUUGCAGAUAUCAUAGGGCCAACACUCGCAACAGUUCCAACACGUAUCAAGAUCGAUGCGGAAGCUAGUAUUGGGAAAUUCCUUGAAGACAUACAAGCUCAAUCUGCGGAGGCUAUCCCUUAUCAAUAUUCGGGGCUUCAACACAUCAAACAUCUCAGUGACGACGCAGCAAUUGCUUGCGGAUUUCAGAAUCUUCUAGCUAUCCAUCAUGAUAGUAAAGAAGCAGCGGAUGGCUUUUGGGACUUGCAGAGUAGUGGUACAACUGGGACGAAUUUCUACUCUUAUCCACUCACCGUGUCUUGCCAAGUUGGAGAGAAUAAGGUAACCAUCGAUGCUUACUAUGACAAAGAUGUUAUUUCCAGUUGGCUAGUGGAUCAAAUGCUACGCCAGUUUGAAUUUGUUCUCAGUGUCCUCAAUUGUCCAGACAACCAACGUUUGAAGCUAGGCCAAGUGAAGAUGCUCAAACCAGAAGAUGAGCAAGCCAUCUUGACCUGGAACAGUACGAAGCCGAGGGUCGUUGAUGAAUGCAUCCAUGACAUGAUCAGCCGCCGGGCCCUUCAACAGCCAAAGUGGGGUCUGGCAGUCGAUGCGCAUGAUGUAAAGUUGAGUUAUUGGGAACUUGAUCGGCUUUCAACUCAGCUGGCACAUUAUCUCCUGGAACGAAAGUUAGAAAAUACCCUCAUACCCGUCUGUUUUGACAAAUCCGCUUUUACGAUUUGUUCUAUGGUCGCUGUAUUGAAAUGUGGCGCGGCUUUUGUGCCUUUGGAUCCCACGGCCCCUGUUGCUCGUCUGCGGGACAUUAUAAAAGACUCAGACGCAAGAACGGUACUGUGUUCGCCUCGAUUGCUGGGUCUUUGUGGAUCGGUUGCCUCUAAUGUAAUCGCGGUCGAUCUUGAAAUGAUAGAGAAGCUACCGAAGCACGAAGAAUUACUUCCAGCUGUGGAUAGUAACAGUGUUGCCUAUGUCAUCUAUACAAGCGGCUCAACUGGUAAACCAAAGGGAACCAUUGUUCAGCAUAAUGCGUUUUGCGCUGGUGCCGUGGAACAUGGCCCGGCUUUAGGCAUGUUAUCGAGUUCUCGAGUACUACAAUUUGCAUCAUACCUGAAGACGUUUGAUGCGAGCUUGCUUGAAAUUCUCACAGGCUUGAUUAUUGGUGCUUGCAUCUGUGUGCCCGAUGAAGACUCAAGAAUGAAUCGAAUCACCGAUGUCAUCAAUGAGAUGAACAUCACAUGGACGUUGUUGACGCCAUCUUUUAUUCAGACCAUUCAACCUUCUGCUGUCCCCACCCUGAGAACUUUGGUCCUUGGAGGAGAAGCUAUGAGCCAGACCCAUAUUUCAACCUGGGCUGAUAAACUUGAACUUAUCAACGCUUACGGCCCUAGUGAAUGUUCAGUCGUAGCCACUGCAAGUCCUCAGAUGACGCUUACCACCGACCCUAGCAAUAUGGGAAGAGCAGUUGGCUGCCGUUCUUGGAUUACCGAUAGAUCGAAUCCGAAUCGACUUGUUCCAAUUGGAUCUGUGGGAGAGCUUAUUGUAGAAGGGCCUAUUCUCGCCCAAGGUUACCUCAAUAACAAUUCGAAGACAGAAGAGGUGUUCAUAAAAAAUCCCGAGUGGUCGUUAUCACAGAACCACCCUGCUAACACGACAACCAGAAGGUUUUAUCGAACAGGGGAUCUGGUCAAGUAUGCCGCAGAUGGAAGUUUGCUUUUCUGUGGGCGGCACGACCACCAAAGUAAAAUACGCGGCCAACGAAUCGAAUUAGGAGAAGUCGAGGUUCAUCUCAAAACUGAUCCUGCCAUACAACACGCCCUGGUCACGAUCCCAAAGGCAGGCUUCUGCAAGAAACGGCUUGUGUCCGUUCUGUCACUCCAGGAGUUAGCGACUACAAACAUAACGGCCCAUGGACUCAAUAUCGUUAAUCGAGAGGCAAGCGCAUUUUAUCUCACCGCUAUCCAAGACAGACUCCGUGAUUAUCUACCUGGGUAUAUGAUACCUUCAAAUUGGGUCAUAGUGGAAGGUUUGCCUCUUCUACCAUCUGGAAAACUUGACCGUAAACGUAUCGAGAAGUGGGUAGAAGAAAUGAGCUCUGAAGUGUACCAUCAAAUUUCGGAUGUUGAGAGUGCUGUCACGAAAACGACCGGGACUGCGGUUGAACGGCAACUACAGGCCAUAUGGGGAGCUGCCCUCAAUCUCUCGCCAGACCACAUUGGCCUUCAGCAAAAUUUCCUUUCAGCUGGUGGCGAUUCUAUAAGUGCCAUGCAAGUUAUGUCGAGCUGCAGAGCAGCGGGAUUAGGUGUGACAGUCCAAGAUAUCAUCCAGAGUAAAAGCAUCUCCCAGCUCGCAUUGAGAGUAACGCUCCCAGAGGCAGAGAGUUCUCACGAAGAAGAGUUAGAUGCAAAUUUUGAUCUGUCCCCGAUCCAAAAGCUCUACUUCGAAUGCGUUGGAGACAAAUUCAACCACUUUAAUCAGAGUGUAGUACUUCGACUAACACGCAACAUAACCUCCGAGAGUCUCGCACUUGCCGUUGAGUCGUUGAUGCUCUCGCAUUCCAUGCUACGGGCACGAUUCAACAAGAUCGCGACUGGAGAGUGGAAACAACAAAUAUCCCGUGAUAUAUCCAACUCGUAUCACUAUAGCGUAACAACAACGGCCAGAGACCAAUUGGAUAGCCUGAUUGAGACUCGGCAGAAAGGCCUAGACAUUCAAAACGGCCCCAUCUUUGCGGUCGACCUAUUCAAUAUUAGUGACGAAAGAUCUCAAAUUCUUUCCCUCAUAUCCCACCACCUAGCAAUUGAUGUUGUUAGUUGGCGGAUCAUCUUGCAAGAUCUGGAAGAUCUGUUGAAUACAGGCGCAUUAAAGCUGAAAAGUUCUAUACCCUUCCAGGCGUGGUCACGCCUUCAAACAGAGCAUUCGCAGCAAUCAAUUCCCAAAAGGUUAUUCCACCCAGAAGAUGUCCCAAAUCCCGAUUUCUCCUAUUGGGAUAUGGUGGACAAGCCCAAUGUAUAUGGAGAUACCAUUGAAGAUGGCUUUGAAAUCGACACAGAAACUACGCUUUCACUUCUUGGGGUAUGCCACGAAUCAUUGCAAACGGAGCCAGUUGAUGUCUUCCUCGGCGCUAUACUGCAAUCUUUCCACAAGGUUUUCUCAGACCGAGCGACAGUUCCAGCAGUUUACAAUGAAGGACACGGUCGAGAAACUUGGGCUUCGAAGCUGGAUGUCUCGCGAACAGUUGGCUGGUUCACUACCAUGUGCCCGAUCUAUCUUCCGUCUAGCUUAGACAUCGAAACGGAUCUAAUUAACACUAUCCGCUGGACCAAAGACCUCAGGAAUCGGAUUCCAGACAAAGGUCGGCCUUACUUCGCCUAUCGACUACUUACAGAAGAGGGGAGAGAGCGCUUUUCGAACCAUUGUCCAGAAGUGACUUUUAAUUAUCUUGGCAAAAUGCAACAGCUAGAACGAAAAGAAUCCCUGUUUCACGCUGUUGAAGGGGUCAAAAAUUUUGAUAUAGGUGCGGAUGUGCCACGAUUCGCGCUAUUCGAAAUCUCGAUCGUCGUCGAAAAUUCAACUCUCAAGGUUUCUUUCUCUUACAACCGGCGCAUGAAACGUCAAGCCAAAAUACGUCGUUGGGUGGUUGAGUGCCAGAGAUCCCUCGAAGAUGCAGCCAAAACCCUUACGCAGUCGAAAGUGGAGUCUACUUUAAGCAAUUUUCCACUCAUUCCCCUCACGUAUAACGGUAUAUCAAAACUGGUCGAGAAGCUACCGCAACUUGGCGUAUCUUCAUUGGACGAUAUUGAAGAUGUGUACCCGUGUUCUUCUACACAACAGGGCAUGCUGCUUGCCCAAUUGAAAGACCCGAACCUUUAUGCAUAUAGCGCUAUCUUUGAAGCCAAGCCAAAAGGGUUCGAAACACAAGUCGACGUUCGUUUACUCGCCGAAGCCUGGCAGGCAGUCGUUCGACGACACGCAACACUGAGAACUAUGUUCACUGACAGUGUCUGUCAAGACGGUCUCACCGAUCAGGUUGUGCUCAAGGAUAAAAUCGCUCGAGUGUCUUGGCUGGAGUGUGAGGAUUCAGAAGUAUUUUCGACGCUUCAAAAGCAGCAGUCCCUCAAUUUCCGAGACUCCCAGCCACCACAUCGAUUUACUGUAUGCAAGACUGACGGUAAUCGUGUAUUUUGCAAACUCGAGAUCAGCCAUAGUAUUUGCGAUGGCACGUCAAUACCCAUCCUAUUAAGAGACCUCUCAAACGCCUACGGAGAUGCUUACUCUAGGGAUGUUACCGGUUUCCUAGCCACGAAUGACGAUAUUGCACAGAAUAAAUCGACAUACAAUGUCAUCGGACCACUUUACAGUGACUACAUCGCGUAUAUCCAGGCCAGCCUUCCAGACGACGAUAUCAACUACUGGAAAAAUUACUUAUCAGAUGUUGAGCCUUGUCUUCUAACGUCGCUCAAUGAUGGAGUGCACGAGACGAAAGUUCUUCGAUCGCUUGUUCUUAACCUCUCAAAAGCCGGGGAACUCCGUAUGUUCUGCAAUAAGAAUGGUCUGACCCUCUCGAACGUAUUGCAACUUACCUGGGCAAUAAUUCUUCGACUAUACAAUGGCUCUGUAGAAGUGUGCUUUGGCUACUUGACAUCUGGGAGAGACGCGCCCAUCCGUGGAAUCCAAGAUGCUGCGGUCGGAGCUUUCAUCAACAUGUUAACCUGUAGGUCAAAUUUAAGCAGCUCAACAAAAAUGAGCCAGGCUUUGGAGCAAAUACAGACGGACUUCAUCCACGGUAUGGCCCACCAAAGCUGCUCUCUUGCUGAGGUGCAACACGAACUCGGCCUUUCUGGGACUAAUCUCUUCAACACUGCCUUCACUUUUCAGAAGCGAUCGAGUAGCACGGAUAUUUCUGGCUCCGCAUUAUCGUUCAACAUCGUAGAUGCACAAGAUCCCAGCGAAUACGAUGUUACAGUCAAUGUCGAAGCGUUUGAAUCGGCAAUUGAGAUACAUUUCGGUUAUUGGUCCACGACACUCUCUUCUCCUCAGGCUUCCAAUUUGGCCCAAACCUUUGAGCACGUAGUGAAUACUAUUAUCGAAAAUGAUCCAGAGAGUGCCAUCGGAGACCUCAACUUUUUCGGUGACCGCAGCCGCGAACAGGUUCUAGCUUGGAAUCAGACUCUUCCACCAAAGGUUAAUAAGUGUAUACAUGAGAUAGUACAGCAGCAAACUCGGGCCUAUCCAAAGUCUAAGCAAGCUGUAUGCAGUUGGGAUGCCGAAUUGAGCUAUAUCGAAUUGGAUAAUCUUUCAACGCGCUUGGCAGCUAAGUUGAUAGAGCUUGGCGUUGGACCUGAAAUAUUUGUCCCUUUGUGCUUUGAAAAGACAGCAUGGGCCGUUGUAUCUAUGAUAGCUGUCAUGAAGGCCGGAGGUGCUUUUGUACCACUUGACCACACCCAUCCGCAGGGUAGGCUCCAGCAAUUCAUCGACGACGUGGAUGCAAAGGUGGUCCUUUGCUCUCGGCAGAAUUAUGAAAAGAUAUCUGCUGUCAGCAAACAGGCAUUAGUUGUCGAUCGCGGCAUCAUAGAUCAGCUCGACAAAACCUCUGCGGUCCUUCCAAUUGUCUCACCAGACAAUGUGGCUUAUGCCAUUUUUACUUCCGGCACUACUGGGCGUCCUAAAGGCACACUCAUUGAACACGGAGCAUUUUGCACAAGCGCUAUUGAGCAUAGUAAGGCCAUGUAUAUGCGUUCGGAUUCUCGCGUGUUUCAGUUUGCAUCAUAUACAUUCGAUGCCUCGGUCAUGGAAAUCUUGACAUCUCUCAUCGUCGGAGCCUGCAUUUGUAUUCCAAGUGACCAGGACCGAAUGAAUGAUAUUCCUGGUGCUAUCAAGCGAAUGGGAAUCACGUGGACUCUCUUGACACCUUCAGUUGCAAGCACUUUGUUUCCUAAGAGUGUUCCUAGUCUCAAAACGCUCAUCACGGGUGGUGAGGCAAUGGCGGCUGGACACAUUGCGAAAUGGAAAGGGAAAGUUGCCCUUGUUAAUGCAUAUGGUCCAAGCGAGACCUCUGUAAUUGCAAGUGCAAGUACUAAAGUCGACGAGCGUGGCAAUGAGAAUAACGCCGAUCCAUCGAACAUUGGACACGCAGUCGGUGGGCGGACUUGGGUUGUCGAUCCUCGAGAUUAUAACAAACUCGUGCCUAUUGGGUGCGUUGGGGAACUUGUUGUCGAAGGCAGGACGGUCGCUCGCGGAUAUCUGAAAAACGAACAAAAGACUGCCGAAGUAUUUGUCAACGACCCUGCUUGGCUGAGACAUUUUCAGCAUAAGGAGCGAGUUUAUAGAACCGGUGAUCUGGUACGCUACAACUCAGAUGGAUCUCUGAGCUUUGUCGCACGGAAAGACACACAGGUGAAGUUAAAUGGCCAAAGAAUUGAGCUUGGGGAAAUUGAACAUCACGUCAAGACGAUUCUCCCAGACAAUUACCAAUCUGCUGUGGAGCUGGUGGCACCAAUGAGCAACAGAUCUACCAAGGCACUUGCAGCCUUCUUUUCUUCGGCAAUCAACAAUUCUAGCUCCGAUAUCGAGGACGAGAGGAUAUCAGGUGUUGAAGAUAUAUUAUUGUCAAUGUCAGAAGGGGCUAGGGCUAUUGCUAAGAAUCUCGAUUCUUCGUUAGCCUCGGUUCUGCCUACCUAUAUGAUCCCGUCAUUCUAUAUCCCGGUGACAAAAAUGCCGUGGACAAGUUCCGGCAAGCUCGACCGAUCAAGACUACGCAACAUCGUGCAGUCUCUAUCAAAAGAAGUCACGAAUCCUUAUAGACUUGCCACGUCUAAGACCCACACCAGCAGGGUGCCAACGUCCCCAAUCGAGCAAAAACUGCAAAGGCUAUGGGAAACGGUCCUAAGCAUAUCAAAACAAAGCUCUGUGGGUCUUGAAGAUCACUUUUUCAGGCUUGGUGGAGAUUCGGUUUCUGCUAUGCGACUGGUGGGCUUAUCCAGAGCCGAGGGCAUUUCAUUAAGUGUCAUGGAUAUAUUUCGCAAGCCAAGACUAUGCGAUAUGGCAUCCAUUUGUAGCGCCGUUAAGGAAGAACACUCCUCCGAGCUGGUGCCCUUUUCCCUAUUGAAACACGGCGAACUCAUUGAUGAUGCUGUGCAUGAGCUUGUUGAAAAGUGUCAUGUUCCUAGAGAACAGAUCCAAGAUGCUUACCCCUGCAGUCUGCUUCAAGAAGGGCUCAUUACUCUUUCCAUGCAACAGCAGGGAGCUUAUGUUGCACAGAAUGUCUUCCUUCUUCCGAAUGAUUUGGAUAUCGGUCGUUUCAAACAAGCCUGGCAGGCAACCAUCCAGGAAGUCGACAUCUUACGCACCAGAGUGGUUCAUAUGAACUCGUCUUCUUUCCUUCAGGUGGUCCUCCAGGCCGAACCAAUCGAGUGGAAAACAUAUACUAAUAUGCAGAAAAUUUCCGACUCGCAGGUUCAACUGCCUCUUUAUAAUGGCGGGCCUCUUACUGAAUACACAAUUGUCACUGAUGCAGAAUCAAACGACCGUCACUUUGUUUGGUCAAUACAUCAUGCGCUCUACGAUGGUUGGAGUCUACCGAUGGUCUUGAAGAGAGUAGAGGCAGCAUAUCGCAGCGGCUCGAGCCUGCCCAAGAGCCCGUACGCUAUCUUUAUCAAGUAUCUCUCCGAAGUAGAUGAGCCCGCAUCCGAUGAGUUUUGGAGAAAGAGACUUUCUGGAUCAUCUCCGCUGCAGUUUCCACAAAAUCAGCAUUCUUCGUCCGAUCACACAAUGAAUAAUCAGACACUCAUACACAGUGUCCAAAUCUCCCAGAAUACUUCAAGCAUGGGUAUUACCCUUCCUAGCAUCAUUCGUGCCGCCUGGUCAAUGGUUUUGGCAUCGUAUUCCGGGUCGAAUGACGUUGUUUUUGGUGAGACAUUGGCUGGGCGAGACAUUCCCAUUCAUGGGAUCGCGGAAAUAAUUGGACCAACUUUUACAACGGUCCCUAAUCGGAUACAAGUACACCCCCACCGGAGAAUCAUACAAUUCCUGCAAGAUAUCCAAAUGAUGGCCACCGAGGUCAUCCCGUAUCAGCAUGCUGGACUACAGCGAAUUAAAAGACUUGAUAAAGAUGCCGACCUUGCCUGUAAUUUUCAGAAUCUUUUGGUUAUCCAAACAGCAGACGAAGAUGUUCAGAACGACAUGUGGGAUAUUCAAGGAACCGGCGUGGCAUCAAACUUUUUCACAUACCCCUUAGUUCUUGAAUGCAAAGGUUCCUCGAAAAAAGUAGACAUCACUGCGCAUUAUGACGAGAACGUUCUCUCAACUUGGGAAAUUCAACGAAUCAUGUACCAGCUGGACAAUGUUCUGAAGCAACUCAGCGAUCUACACAAAUUUGGUGCCAAUGCAGUCCUCGAUGAAAUAACUGUGUUCAGCGCAGAGGACAAAGAGCUUGUACGAGAGUGGAAUUCUAAUAAGCCAGAACUGGUUGAUGCAUGUAUCCACGAGGAAUUCGAAGAAAUGGCCGUUUCUCAACCUGACUCCCUGGCCAUUACUGCCUGGGAUGGACAAUUUACAUACGCAGAGCUCAAGAAUGAAUCAACACGCCUGGCAUACCAUCUCGUUGGGCAAGGUAUUGGAUCAGAAGUCUUUGUGCCAAUAUGUAUGGACAAAUCCAAAUGGGCAAUCGUCACAAUUCUUGCAAUCCUCAUGGCUGGUGGUGCUUAUGUGCCGCUAGAUCCAUCAGCACCCACAUCACGGCACCAAGAAAUGAUCAAGGAUGUCGGCGCCACUAUAGUCAUCUGCUCUCCAAAAUACAGCAGUCGGUAUACAAGCAUCAUCGAGAAACCGAUUACCAUAAGUCAGGAAAUGCUAGACAGCCUCCCAGAAAAGUCACUUCAUGGCCAAGACUUGCUACAUCGCGCAACUAGCCGGAAUAGUUGUUAUGCCAUCUUUACAAGUGGUAGCACGGGGCGGCCCAAAGGUACGGUAGUCGAGCAUAGAGCGAUUGCAACAAGCUCGGCGGCAAUGAGACGCGCCCUUUUGAUGAAGCCAUCUUCCCGUGUAUUCCAAUUUGCGAGUUUCACAUUCGAUGUGUCCGUUUUAGAAACCCUCACCGCGCUAACCAAUGGGUCUUGUCUUUGUAUUCCUUCGGAACAGCAACGAGUGGGAGAUGUUGCCGGUGCAAUUGACUCUCUGAAGGCGUCUUGGGCUUUCCUGACUCCUUCAGUCGCGAAUUUGAUUGAACCUGCAACCGUGCCAUCCCUAGAAAUUCUGGUUUGUGGGGGAGAAGCUAUGUCGGUCGAUAACGUGCUCAAAUGGGCUUCCAAGGUUACCUUAGUAAACGGCUACGGACCCACGGAAGCAUCUGUAAUUGCAAUCGCGAAUCCCGAGGUUAGCACACAAAGGGAUGCCUCUAACAUCGGCCGUGCUCUGUCCAGCGGCCUCGCGUGGAUCGUCGACCCUCAAGAUCACAACCAAAUGGCGCCAGUGGGGUGUGUUGGUGAAUUGUUGCUAGAAGGUCCAUUGUUGGCAAGAGAAUACAUCAACAAUAAGUCGAAAACUGACGAGGCAUUCAUCGAGCGGCCAUCCUGGGCAAUUGCUUUUGAUCUGCCAAAGCCCAUGGCCAGACCUCCGAUCUCGCGAUGUCAGUCCAGUCAGUCUGGUAGCUCCUCAAAUAGCCUUCAGAGACCCCCUCUAUCACCAUUUCAGUCAAAGCAGUCGGGCAGAUUUUCCUUCACUGGAAAGAAUGCGCAUCAUCCCCCAAUGUUAAGAUCACCAUCCGACGAUUCGCAAAUCAGCAGGACUUCACCCCUAAGCAAGAUGUACAAAACGGGAGAUCUAUGCAAAUACAGUUAUGACGGCUCGUUGAUAUUCAUUGGCCGAAAAGAUCACCAGGUGAAACUUCACGGACAACGUAUGGAACCAGGGGAAAUUGAGCAUAAUUUAGACAAUGAUCCAGAGGUUCAAAACGCCCUUGUCGCACUACCAAGAUCCGGUCCUUUCAGAAAUAGGCUACUAGCAGUUGUAACACUUAACGAUCUCGCCACAACCGAAAUCACGAAAGACAGCUGCGAGCUUAUAGAAGAAGGCCCCCGGGCUGUCACUGCUCGUAGCAAAGUCAAUGGGGUUCGUAGUCGACUAUCCGAAACCCUUCCUCCAUUCAUGGUUCCCGCGUCGUGGUUGGUCGUAGAGUCCAUUCCACUCCUGCCUUCUGGUAAACUAGACAGGCGUAAUGUCGAGACCUGGCUUUCAAGUAUCGACGAGGAAACCUAUGAAAAGAUCAUGAACGCCGAAGAGGAAGAAGAAGACACAAUACCGGUAACAGAGACUGCUUUGCUUCUUCAGCAAAUUGUCUCACGAGUGUUGAAUCUUCCAACGCACCGAGUAAAGCUCGCCAAGUCGUUUGUGGCACUUGGCGGAGAUUCUAUUGCAGCUAUGCAAGUUAUGGCUCUUUGCAGGAAAGAGAGGCUCAACUUCUCAUUAUCAGAAGUGCUUAAAAGCAAGUCAAUCCAUCUGCUAGCAUCCAAAGCUCAUUACGAGGACGCUGUUCAACACCACGCGGAGACUUUCGAAAUUGCCUUUGAUUUGUCACCUAUUCAGCAAUUAUACUUCCAAUCCCAAUCCGAUGGGUUUUAUGAAAAAGAGGCGCGAUUCAACCAAAGUUUCUCGCUCGAGAUUACACGCCGCGUGGCUUCCCAAGAUCUCAACUACGCUAUCGAGACGAUAGUUCGUGAGCAUUCCAUGCUUCGGGCUCGUUUCAGUAAAAACUCGGCAGGCAAGUGGCAACAACGCUUGACACGGGAUAUUUCCUCUUCGUAUCGAUAUCGAUUCCACGAGCUGGAUACCGCCGAUCAAAUCCUAGAUAUUGUGUCACAUAGCCAAUCUAGUCUCGAUAUUCAGCAAGGGCCCCUUUUCGUUGUGGAUUACUUCAACAUAGUGGGACGUCAAAUGGUAUUCCUCGCAGCACAUCACCUGAUCAUUGAUAUGGUCUCGUGGCGUAUCUUGAUCCAAGAUCUGGAAGACAUCUUAAACACCGGGAGUAUCUCUUCAGAAAAGUCAUUGUCGUUCCAGAUAUGGAACGCAAUGCAGCAAGAGCAUAGUCAACGGGCUACUACCCAAAGUAAAAUCCGCAAACUCCCUAUCUCUGCCGCACCUGCGGAUCUCGACCACUGGGGAAUGGACAAGGUCGCCAAUACCUACGGUGAUGUUUUGUCGGAAUCAUUCACAAUCAAUGAAACAUUCACCAGCCUAGCUCUUGACGAAAGCAAUAAAGCCCUACGUACAGAACCUCUAGACCUCUUCCUUGCAGCUAUCGCACACUCAUUCAGUCGAGUUUUUGUUAAUAGGAAAACUCCAUCGGUAUUCAUGGAAAGCCAUGGGAGAGAACCUUUUGAUAGCAGCAUUGAUCUUUCAAGAACCGCUGGGUGGUUUACGACCAUUGCGCCAAUUCAUGUCGACGUAGACACCGAUGACGAUGAUGUAAUAGAGACUGUGAAACGGAUGAAAGAUAAUCGGCGCAAGCUGAGUGACAAUGGAAGACCUUAUUUCGCACACCAGUUUCUUACGGCGAACGGCAGAGCACAAUCUCAAUCUAGCAUGGAGAUAAUUUUCAACUAUUUGGGGCGUAUGCAGCAACUGGAGCAUGACGACUCGCUCUUCCAGCAAUGGACAUAUCCUGAAGACGAUGAAACUUCUAAGCUGAUUGCAGAUGUUGGGCCAAAAGCGACAAGACUUGCCUUGUUCGAGAUCUCAGCAGCGGUUGUGAAAGGUCAAAUCCAAUUUUCUUUCCUCUACAAUAGCCGCAUGCAACACCAACGAGACAUUCGGCGAUGGGUAAAUGAAUGUCGGGAUACAUUUGAGGAAAUUGUUCAAAGACUGGAAACUAGUACUGAAUCGCCUACAUUUACUCUCAGCGACUUUCCGCUACUACCCAUAUCCUACCCGGAAUUGGAGAAGAUCGUUUCGAAAUCAUUGCCUCUAGUAGGUAUUGAAAAAGAUGAGGUCGAAGAUAUAUAUCCAUGCGCCCCAUUACAAGAGGGUCUCUUGAUCAGUCAGCUGAAAACCCCAAGUCUGUACCAUUUCCAUGCUGUCUUUGAAGUCCACCCCCCAUCAGCUCAGAAUGGCAUUUCUAUCGACGCUCAACGAUUAGCGAAAGCAUGGCAGCGAGUCAUAGAUUAUCACGGAUCCCUUCGCACUGUUUUCGCCGAUAGUAUUUACAAAGGAGACAUCUUCAACCAGAUUAUCAUCAAAUCAGCAGAUAGUGGUAUCAUAAUUUUGCGAUGCGAUGGCGGCGAGGCUGAAGCCCUAGAAAAGCUCAAAACCGUAACCAUUCUAGAAGCGAAUUACAAAAAGCAGCCCCGCCUCCCGCACCAAGCUGUCAUCUGCCAGACUUCCAGUGGCAAAGUUUACUUCAAAAUCGAAAUCAACCAUGUGGUGAUGGACGGUGCUUCUGCCAACAUCGUCCUACGCGAUCUAGCUGCAGCCUAUCAUGGAACGCUUCCUAAGGGACUAGGACCGCUAUAUAGCAAUUACAUUGCGUAUAUUAAAAGUAAUCCGGUCGAUGAGAGCAUCAAAUUCUGGAAGUCCUACUUGGAAGGGGCACAAGCAUGCUACUUUCCUAACCUUAAUGCAGCUUCAGACGACGAGCGAUGUCUAGGAUCCGUCACAAUGAGCUUUGACCGGUAUGCCGAACUACAAGAUAUGUGUAAGAAGAUAAAUGUUACUCUCGCAAACCUUAUGCAGGUGGCAUGGGCCUUUUGUCUUCGUCAUUAUACCAAGACAAACGACGUCUGUUUCGGUUAUCUCACAUCAGGAAGGGACGUCCCAGUCGAUGAAAUUGAAAGCACGGUUGGAGCUUUCAUUAAUAUGCUCUGCUGCCGGAUCAAAUUCUCCAAACAAUCGACUAUCACAGAAGUAUUUCGGAAGACACAAGAUAAUUACCUCGAGAGUCUUGAACAUCAGCACUGCUCACUCGCCCAAGUCCAGCAUAAUAUCAUGGCUGGACAAGCUCUCUUUAAUACUGCUGUCUCAAUUCAGAGCUCGGGUUCCUCAGAUGGGGUGGAGGAUACUUCCAUUUCAUUUGAACCCGUCGCUGCGCAUGAUCCAAGCGAGUACGCGGUGACUCUCAACAUACGAACAUCACAGGGCGAUGAGGGAGUUGUAUUUCGAUAUUGGAGUAACACCGUAUCAGACGAGCAAGCUAGCGGCCUUGCUGAGAUGUUAGCUCGCAUGUUAGACAACUUCAUCGAUAAGCCGCAUCAGCUUGUGGAGGACGUCAACGUCUCUGAGCCCAUCGCUGAGUCACGAGACCAGAAAUUGCGGAACGAAAUGACGCUCGAAAAGAAACCGGAGGAAGAACAGCCCCGUCUGUGGAACUCAGAAACAGAGUUGCGAACGAUGGUCAGCAGUUGUGUACAAGAGAUCCUCGAUCAGUUGUUCAAGUCUGGCGCAUUGGUCAGCUAUGACCACCAAGGGCUUCACAACAACAUUAAUAUCACUACCCAGCACAUUGUCUCCCCUAUCAUCGAGUAUUCAAAUAUGCAAAUUCCACCAAUCCACCAGCAAGUCGAGAAGCCAAAACGCAAAAGCGGAUACGAGCCUAAGGCAUUUUCGAAAAGGGGAAAUGUUGAAAAAAAGUUACUCUCCAUCUGGAGCGAAUUAUUGCAAGUGUCCGGGGAUCUCGUUGAAAAUGAAACCAAUUUCUUCGAGCUGGGUGGUGAUUCUAUUGUUGCUAUGCAGAUGGUUGGUGCAGCUCGGGAAGAAGAUCUGCCAUUAACGGUGGCCAAUAUCUUUCGACACCCAACCUUUGCAGACAUGGCCGCAGCAAUACAAUUGGCCCAAGAUCCUGAUGAGACCGAAGAGUUCAGCGACGAGUCACAAUACGAUGAAGCCCGUGAAGCCAGAUCACAAGACCUCCAAAAUGCUAUGUACCAGCGAUAUUCCCUUCUCGAAGCUGCCAACGUGGAUGCUUUUCUGCAAGAAAAUAUCUGUCCAAAGGUUAGAGCAUUUCGAGGUGGGAUCAUUGAUGCAUUCCCUGUCACCGACUUCCAGGCUCUUGCAGUUAUGGGAACUCUUAUGGAAUCCAAAUGGAUGCUCAAUUACUUCUUCCUUGAAGGGAGAGGCCCCUUGGAUCUGAAACGUUUAAAAAUCGCCGUUUCACGAAUGGUCGACUCCUUCGAUAUUCUCAGGACUGUCUUCGUGCCUUACGGCAAUCGAUUUCUCCAAGUCGUCCUCCGGAAACUGCAGCCAAGCUUUACAGUUCACGAAACAGACAAUUUGGCCCAUUUUAUGACCGAGUUGCAGAAAAAGGAUCGUGAAUAUACCACGCGUCUCGGGGAAUCCUUCCUUCAAAUUACAAUCGCUAGGGAAAAUGGAAGCAAUCGCCAUCGUAUUAUUAUCCGCAUGUCUCACGCUCAAUAUGAUGGAGUAUGUCUACCAAGCAUACUAUCCGCCCUACAAGCGGGAUACCAAGGCCAAAACAUCCCGGCCACACCUUCUUUCUCAAACUACGUACGAGAUGCAGCAAGAACAAUGACCAAUGACCACUAUGUGUACUGGAAGUCCCUUCUACAAGGAUCUUCAAUGACAGAGAUAGUAGAGCGUCAAGGACCCAACUACAGCAGAGGCACCGAUGCACCAACAACCCUCAAGCGGAUAGUCCAGAUCCCAUCUCUAGCAUACGAAGCUAUCACUCCCGCGACAAUCAUAAAAUCAGCAUGGUCUUUAGUACUAGCCCAAUUCUCCGCGUCGGCGGACAUCGUUUUCGGCAAUGUGAUCAGUGGUCGCAACGCGGCCGUUCUAGGCGUCGAAAGCAUGAUCGGACCUUGUGUGAACAUGAUUCCGGUACGCGUAUCUUUCCAGUCCACUUGGUCUGUCCUUGAUCUCCUCAAGUAUGUGCAGGGCCAGCAAAUAGCCAAUAUGCCCUAUGAAUCACUGGGUUUCAGGGAGAUUGUAAAGCACUGCACGGAGUGGCCGGACUGGACGAACUUUUCGACCGUAUGCCAACAUCAGAAUAUCCAGAGGCAGACAAAGCUGCAGCUUGGAAGGAACGAGUAUGUUCUUGGAGCUGUAGGCAGCCAAGAAGAUUUUGCAGACAUCACUGUACUCUCCACACCGCAAGAGGAUGAUGGCAUUGAGAUCUGUUUGAUCUUCACCGAGAAUAGUGGCAUUACGCUACCUUUUGCGGACAAGCUUUUCAAGUCCCUCUGCGAUACAGUCGUCUCGUUCUCGUCUAAUCCCCGGGCAUCAGUGCCCACACGAGACGAAUUAUCUUCUCUCUCUCGACAAGCUUUGAAGCAAGAUAUCCCAAAGCGAUUGCCUGAUCUCAAAGUUCAUCUCGAGAAUCUAAGCAAACAGGAGCUUGUUUCUUACUCAACUGUUCUGAGCAAAGCCUGGGUUGAAAUCUUGCACGAUAACAACUCCGAGAUUAUUCUUCCGCCCAUCAUCCCAUCAUCUUCGUUCUAUGGUUUGGGCGGCGAUAUAAUCGGCACAUCACAAGUUGCGGGGUUGCUAGAGAACGAAGGGCUGAGAAUUCGAGUUGAGGAUCUUGUUGAUCAUCCGAUGUUUGCGGAUCAACUUGCCCUGGUCGUCAUUGCUGCCAAGGCAAAGAAAGAAAGGGACGAUGAUGAUAUGAAAGAUGUCAAUGCUCAGCGAGAAAUUCCGAAGGAAAAGAAAGGCUUGAAGAAAAUAUGGGGCAAGGGUAUUGGGGGGCUUGCAAAAAGGGUUAAAGGGAGGCGUGGAAGUGACUAG